UUCGCUGGGAGGAUUGUAUGGAAAGCUUCUUGUCAUGUUUUGGUUGUGAAAUUUACCGAUUUCUGAUGGUAUUUCAACAAGUCAAGCUUGCCGAGUUCCACCUGUACACCCGGACUGUGUCCUACAAGACUGUCAAGCUGCGCUUGUGUAAUUCGUCUUUAUUAAGUGUUGGUGAAUUGUAGAUUUUGCUGCUGUAUGGCACUGUUGUGUUCAGGUAUUCAUUAAUGCAGAGUAUGAGUCGACAACCAACCAACGGGAAAUCCGCUAGGGGUCCCACCCCAACUGGUGCACCAACUCCGGCAUCAAACCAGGAUCUGGCUAGUUUGUUUGAGUGUCCAGUAUGUUUUGAUUAUGUGCUUCCACCAAUUUUACAAUGCCAAGCAGGACACUUGGUCUGUUCAAAUUGCCGACCAAAGUUGUCAUGUUGUCCAACAUGCAGAGGUCCUCUAGGAAGCAUAAGAAAUCUUGCAAUGGAGAAAGUGGCACAGACGGUGAUGUUCCCAUGUAAAUAUCAGUCCUCCGGAUGUCCAGUAACGUUACCUCACACAGAGAAGGCAGACCAUGAGGAAGCGUGUGAAUUUCGUCCGUAUUCUUGCCCCUGUCCGGGCACCUCAUGUAAAUGGCAGGGGUCAUUAGAUGCAGUCAUGCCACACUUAAUGCAUGCACAUAAAAGUAUUACUACAUUGCAAGGCGAAGACAUAGUUUUUCUAGCAACUGAUAUCAAUUUACCUGGUGCAGUUGAUUGGGUAAUGAUGCAGUCAUGUUUUGGUCACAAUUUCAUGCUGGUGUUGGAAAAACAAGAGAAAUAUGAUGGUCAUCAACAGUUCUUUGCAAUAGUACAGCUCAUAGGCUCUAGAAAACAGGCUGAAAAUUUUGCAUAUAGGUUAGAAUUAAAUGGUCAUCGAAGAAGACUGUCGUGGGAGGCCACUCCGCGGUCAAUACAUGAAGGAGUUCAAGCAGCUAUCAUGAAUAGUGAUUGUCUUGUCUUUGAUACUAGCAUUGCACAGUUAUUUGCAGAGAAUGGUAAUUUGGGCAUUAAUGUUACCAUUUCUAUGGUGUAAUAUUUAACAUUUUGGGGAAAGGGUUAUGACUUUUAAAUCUUUUCUAUAUAAACACAUGUGUGGAGAUAGGGGUCAUUAUUUCAUUUGAUCUCUACAUCAAUAAUACACAUUAUUUCAUGCGUUUAUUACCUUGCCCGUACCAUCAAAGAUGGAAGGGAAAGGUAUAUUAAG